CCUAUGAUAAAAAGUGAGAUCCACCACUUUUGAUGGUUGGAUGAGACUCUUGGGAUAGUGUUGAGAGAAAUUUUUGAACUUUCAUACGGUGAGGAGCAAUUAUGAGAUCUUGGAUUCUUUUGGAAUAGCGUUGAGAGCAUUAACCUAUCAUGUGAAAAUGCACUUUCUUUAUUUGAUUUCACUUUUACCCUUUUUGUUUCCAAUAAAUUGAUGGAAAAAAACGGUAACUGUUUUUUUGGGAACCUCUCCCAAAAAGUUAUUUGAGCCACUGGGUAGGUUACUACCUACUAGGGACUCUCUAUAUCUCUCUUCACACAUGAAAUGACUUCACUAUCCCUUAUAAAUGAAACUGCUCCGUCCUCCCAGACUCCCACUCCGCUGGGUCAACUGUAACCGUGUUUCCAUUCCCAUGUUCAACUCGGUUCAAACUCGGCUAAACUCGGCCCGUCUCAACGGCGUCGAGACGGGAAAUAGCGGCUCUACUCCACUCCCUGUUUUGCCCGAUUCAGGAGCCCCGUUCUAACUUCCAAGGACACUGUCUGGCCGUUCCGCCAAACCUAUCAUCGACCUUCCAUCGACCUUCCAUACAGUUGAGAUGUCGCGUCGUACUGAGAUGAAGUUUAAACUCGAGUUCGUACGAACUUCUCAGAUUUCACUGAAACUCAUUGAGAAACCCUAACUACGGUCAAAUUUCUUGCCGGGGCUCCAGUCUCCAGUCUCCAGUCUCCAGAAUGAAGUACAGAACUAUCAGUUUUGGUUUAAUGGUGAUUUCUCCAGGUUUGGAACUAGCCCAGGUUUCAGAUCCGAGUCACAUCGCCCCCAGGAUGAGCUUUACAGACUUCAUUGAUUUGAGUAGUGACGAUGAGGUUGGAGAGACAGGUGGGAAAGCUAUUAAACAAGAGGAGGAUUCAGAGACCAGUGCGAAAGCUAUUAAAUUAAAGCAGCAUUUCGUUCAGAGUAUGAAUCACCGAAAAGAGUGUUCUAAAGCCGAACAGAUCCAGCCUCAGAAACCCAGUAUGCAUAGUACAGGACAAGACUCUGUAGAGAACAGAAGUUCAAGUGCUUUAAAUGCUGGUCAAUGUGUAGAGAAUAGAAGUUCAAGCGUUUUAAAUGCUGGUUGUAUACUGGAUCAAGGGAGUUCUCCAACUGAUGGCUCCAGCCUUUCUUUGGCAUCACCUGGAUGUUCUGUGUCACUUCGUCGGCAAUUUUGGAAAGCUGGGGACUACGACAUCGUGCAGUCUUCUAAAACUUUAUUUCAGAGUGGGAAAAAUCAUUUACGGGUUCAUCCGAAGUUUCUUCACUCAAAUGCGACUUCACACAAGUGGGCCUUUGGUGCCGUAGCUGAGCUUCUUGAUAAUGCUAUUGAUGAGAUACAAAAUGGGGCUACCUUUGUCAUUGUAGAUAAAAUCUCAAGUCCACGAGAUGGAAGUCCAGCUUUGCUAAUUCAAGAUGACGGGGGAGGGAUGGAUCCAGAUACAAUGCAUCAAUGUAUGAGCUUUGGCUUUUCAGAAAAGAAAUCAAAAACUGCCAUUGGACAGUAUGGAAAUGGCUUCAAGACAAGCACUAUGAGACUUGGUGCAGAUGUUAUUGUCUUCAGCCGGCACAAGAAUGAGAGGACAUUAACUCAAAGUAUUGGCCUUCUCUCUUAUACCUUCUUGAGAGAAAAUGGAUAUGACAGAAUAGUGGUACCAAUGGUAAAUCUAGCAUUAGAGCUCCUUGUUACUUUAAGUUGGGUCUUUCCUUUUGUGGAUUCAUUUUAACUGGAGUCAAUUCAUUUCGUUUUGCAUUACGAAGUUUAUAAUAAUUACACUAGGUAUGCAUUGUUCUCUAUAGUAUUGUGUGGUAAUCAUCAUGUCGUAAAUGAAAUGUAAUCAUAUUUAUCUAGGCGGAAAGGCGAGCAAGGCGUUUGAG